AUGGUCCGACACAAGAAAGACAAUUUUGGCUCGCGCGGUCGCAAGAACCAUCACUCAGGCCCGCCACGCCAGCGGCAGCCUCAAGGCGACGACCCCGAGGGCGGCCGCCCCGCCUCCCGCCCUUCGUUCAAGGCCGCCUGCUGGGAUCUCGGCCACUGCGACCCCAAGCGAUGCUCCGGCAAGAAGCUCAUUCGCUUGGGCAUGAUGCGUGACCUCCACGUCGGCCAACGCCAUAACGGCGUAAUCAUUACCCCUAACGGAAAACAUACCGUAUCACCAGCCGAUCGCGAACUCAUGGAACAAUACGGCGCCGCCGUUGUUGAAUGCAGUUGGGCACGCAUGCAGGAGAUCCAGUGGGGGAAGGUUGGCGGCAAGUGCGAGCGUUUGUUGCCAUAUCUUGUCGCGGCUAAUACAGUCAACUACGGCAAGCCGUGGCGUUUGAACUGUGCCGAGGCGCUUGCUGCGGCGUUCUAUAUAUGCGGGCAUCCUGAGUGGGCAGAGCAGGUUCUCUCUUCAUUCUCAUAUGGAGAGGCUUUCUUGGAGAUCAAUGGAACUCUUCUGAAGAAGUACGCCGCUUGUGAGGAUGAGAAGGGCAUCAAGAAGGUACAGGAGGAGUGGAUGGACAGGUUGGACAAAGAAUACGCAGAGAGCAGAGAAGAGGGUGACGCGAAUGACAUGUGGAAGGGAGGCAACACAAACCGCAGAGUUAUGGCCGAUUCUGACGAAGACGAAGAUGAAGACGAGGAUGAUGAGGAUGACGAUGAAGAGGGCGGGGAACAUUCGGGAGAUGAUAAUAGCAUCGACGGCAUCUAUCUUGGCAAGAAACCUGCGAAAAAUCAGCAUGAGGAUGCUGAAGAAGACAAAGACCCUUAUGCGAUAUCAGACGAUAGCGAUGAAGACGCAGCCAUGGAGGAGAUCCGUCGCAAAGUACUCGCAUCAAAGACUUUCGCAAAUCCCACGACCGCAGACAAAAAGAAACCCGAGUCGAUACCACGACCCCAGACCCUGAAGCCGGACUCAGAUAUCGAACCAGAUUCAGACAACGGUGAGGACGACGAUGAAUUUGACAACAUUAUCAAUGCAACUCCAGUCACGGACAAGAUUGGCUUGGACAGGCUCGAAAAGGAGCGGUCUCAGUCAACUGUUACCAACAAGACAUUUUCCUCAAAUAUAGUUUCUGCGCCGAAACGGUGGUAA